GUUGUGUUUCGUGGAGAAAUGUUUAUUUUCCGGGAAUCAUUUGGUGCCAGUGGAUCACGCUUCCAGCGUGGUAUUUACAGAUACGACUCGUGUAUGUGAACGUUAACCACCUUUCACAUGAAACGCUGCACUCACCACGACCUUUUAAAUGCCAAAACGUUGGUUGCGCACUUUUUUUUACUGCGCAUGUGCCGUUCGGGGCAUUACGUCACGCCUGGAAGCGCUCAUACCCAGCGAGUGAGGACGGGCGACUUCCGUUGCCGAGCGGCUCUGGAGGCAGAAACAAUGGCGCCAGCGGCGCUCGUGACAGCUCGGUGACGGCGCGCGACUUCCGGUCCGCAGCAGUCCAGGAAGAAGAAACAAUGGCGACGCUAAGGGGGUCCGGGUCUUCCCGGACGCGCGGAGCCCCGCGAAGCUGUAGCGGGAACAUCCUCACGAGGAUCUGGCAGAGCCAGAUUACCGGGCGGGCCAUGAGCCGCGGCACGCAGAUCCCCGAGGUGCUGCUGCAGGAGAGGGGCGGACGAGCGCGGUGGCACGGCAUCCCCGUCCUCCUGCGCAGGCUGUACGAGCACAGCCAGCCCAACGGAGAUCUGGUCCAGGCCCACGUCGUACUCAAGGAACUGUCGCCAUUGCUCUCCUCAGAGGCCAUGUCAUUUGUGACCGAGGACAGAAAGUCUGCCCAGGAGUCCACCUUCCCCAACACGUACACCUUCGAUCUCUUUGGGGGUGUUGAUCUUCUUGUUGAGAUCCUGAUGAGGCCCACUCUGACCACGGAGAAGAAGCCCCAAAUGAGCGAUGAUCUCAUCAAGGACUGCCUCAGCGUUCUUUACAACUGCUGUAUAUGCUCGGAAGGUGUCACAAAAAGUCUGGCUUCAAGAAGUGACUUUGUCCUCUUCUUAUUCACUCUGAUGACAAAUAAGAAGACAUUCUUGCAGACAGCCACACUGAUUGAGGAUAUCUUGGGGGUUAAAAAGGAGAUGAUCAACCUGGAGGCCAUUCCCAAUCUGGCUGGUCUGGUGCAGAGCUUUGAUCAGCAGCAGCUCGCCAACUUCUGCCGUAUCCUGUCCGUGACCAUCUCCGAGCCCGACUUGGGGCACGACGACAAGCACACGCUGCUGGCUAAGAACGCCCAGCAGAGAAGGAACGGCAGCCCGUCCCAGGCUGAGGUCAACCAAGUGACAAUCCUGAACAUCCCGGGCUUCAUUGAGCGCCUGUGCAGACUGGCCACGCGAAAAGUGUCGGAGGCCACCGGAGCAUCCGACUUCCUGCAGGAGCUGGAGGACUGGUACACGUGGUUGGACAACGCCCUGGUGCUGGAUGCUCUCAUGCAGAUGGCCACGGCAGAGGCAGAGCACAGCAGCGCUGAGUCAUCAGACGAGAGUGUGUUGGCAGCCAGCCCCCUGAGGCAGCGCCUGCCGCAGUCCAUGAAGGUGGUGCAUGAGAUCAUGUACAAGGUGGAGGUCCUGUAUGUUCUAUGUGUGCUCCUCAUGGGUCGACAGCGGAACCAGGUGCACAGGAUGCUGGCUGAAUUUCGCCUCAUCCCAGGUCUUAAUAACCUGUUUGACAAGCUCAUCUGGAGGAAGUUCACAUCCUCCAAUCACGUUCUGCACGGCCAGAACCAGAACUGCGAUUGCAGCCCGGAAAUCUCCUUCAAGAUCCAGUUCUUGAGGUUGCUUCAGAGCUUCAGUGAUCACCACGAGAACAAGUACCUGCUUUUGAACGUUCAGGAACUGAAUGAACUGAGUGCGAUUUCUCUGAAGGCCAACAUCCCAGAAGUGGAGGCUUUGGUCAACACUGACAGAAGCCUUGCGUGUGAUGGGAAGAAGGGGCUUCUGACACGGUUGCUCACAGUCAUGAAGAAGGAGCCACCUGACUCCUCCUUCAGGUUCUGGCAGGCCCGCGCUGUGGAGAGCUUUCUACGUGGUGCUACCUCCUAUGCUGACCAGGUCUUCUUGCUUAAGAGAGGUUUGUUGGAGCACAUCCUGUUCUGCAUCAUCGACAGCGGUUGCAAGUCGCGGGAUGUUCUGCAGAGCUACUUCGACCUCCUGGGCGAGCUGAUGAAGUUCAACAUAGACGCAUUCCAGAGGUUCAACAAAUAUGUCAAUACAGAGGAGAAGUUCCAGACCUUCCUGACGCAGAUCAACAGCUCCUUGGUGGACUCCAACAUGCUGGUACGGUGCAUCGUGUUGUCCCUGGACAGGUUCGAGAGCCAAACGGACGACAUGAGAGUGAUGGAGAUGCUGUCCGAGUGCCUCCUGCUGUCCUACCUGGCGCGCGUGGAGAACCGGCUUUCCUUCCUCUUCCGACUCAUCAAUAUCAUCAAUGUGCAAACGCUCACACAGGAGAACGUCAGCUGUCUGAACACGAGCUUGGUGAUCCUGAUGGUGGCUCGGAGGCGCGGGGAGCUGCCCUCCUACCUGCGUGCUCUGCGGGAGAAGGAGUACACUGAGCGCUAUCCAGGCUGCCUGCUCAACAACUUCCACCAGCUGCUUCGCUUCUGGCAGCGCCACUAUCUGAACAAGGACAAGGACAGCACGUGCCUUGAGAACAGUUCCUGCAUCCCCUUUAGCUAUUGGAAGGAGACAGUGUCGGUGCUGCUGAACCUGGACCGGGCCUCCCCCUGCGCCAUUGCCAGCUACAUUGACCCAGCUUACAUGGAACUGGACCAAGAAUUGAUGGAUGACUGAUCCUACCCCUGUACAGGGAAAGGAGGAGAUGUUGGAUUUUUGGGGGUGGGCCUGUGUGGCCAGGGGAAUUUUUGUGGUUGGGUGCAGAGCCUGGGAGAUACAAACUCUUACCAGAGUCCACAGGACCUCACUGUGUGUUGGCCCCAUAUGUAGAGGGAAGGCAUGCUACCCCUGCCUCUUUGUUAGCCAGUGUUGGAGGGACGGAAGGAGAACCCCCUGUGCCCCCGGGGGCCACGGAGUACACAGACUGAACCGAAAGCAGUUCAACGUACAGCCGUUCUGUGUAGAUGGGCUGCUGUUGGAACUCAGAUGGAGCUUUUGGACAUGUAUUCAUUAUUUACCUUUACAAGCUUAUAGGGGUGACAGGAGCAUGGGUCUUGGAUACUCAUAAAGACCUCCAGGCUGGGUCCAGGGUACUGGUGCUGAUGACCCCACCCCCCUUCCCCCUUGUGAGGAGGUACCUGGGGUGUGGUGACGCAAAGUGGAACGCGACCAAGGCGCAAGCCGGAGCUGUCCGCACUUGCGGGCGGAGGCCUGCCGUGGCCACGGUCUGAGGCAGCGAGACUCUGGGCUCUGCCAAGGCCCCGCCUACAGCCCACCUUUCCCACAUGCAGCAUUAGCCCCCACCAGAAGGAACUCCGCCCUCCUUAAAACACCACCUUCUUGAAAGGUUUUCAUAAACAAGUUCUUUGCUUUUAUCACUUAAUCCGUAAAAAAUUGCAUUGUUGCAACAAUUGCAUUGUUGACGUACUGAUUUUAUAGCUUUUCUUAAUAUUCUCGGCUGCCGUGUGUAAAGAGAAAACUAUGCAGACUCUGGCAUGCCCCCCCCCAGUGCCUCACCACCUCGGGUGGGAUGAGCGCUUAUUCCCUGUGCCUCACGGCAGCUGGAUGUGUGUGCGGCAUUUCCGCAGCACCGUUCCUCCACAGAAUUGCUCACGUGGGGUCUCGUGGUUUUGUUAGACGUUUCAAGAGAAUACAAACGUGUCGUUUAGCUACCUCAAGUCUGCACCGAGUAACUUUACUGGGCCCCCUGUGCAUUUUCACUUGUCAACUUGCUUUGAGCAGUAACCUUCUUCUCUCGGUAGUUACUUGGUUAAUUACACAGAUUUACUGCCAGGUUCACCGGAGCCCUUCUGUCUGAAAGGACGUCUGCUCCUAACUGUUGUCUUACUUGGCACAGCUAUGGAGGUCCGGGCGCUUCCAGAAAGUUGUGUUAACCUGGGGAGAGGGUGUGGGGAGAGGUUGAUGCUUUGGGUGGCUGAGUGUGAAGUGUUCACCUGAAGGUGGCGCUCUUCCAAGUGUGAAUUGUAAUGGUGGAGAGUUUAAAUUAAAGAAAAUUUUGUUCUUUCUCCCUACGGACAUCAACACUACACACUGCCUCACAAUACGGUGCUGAGUGAGGAGCUCAUCGCUGGUUUCCGAGUCAUUAUCUCGUAAAAUGGUGCACUGUAUUUAAAUGUGUCUGUGAAUCGUGGAACAUCAUCGCUUGUGGAUGUGCAGCCAGCUGUGUACUCUGCGUUGUUCAGUUGGAGAAGUUGAGUUUGUUUUUCACUCAGAUUUGCACAUUUCGAAACGGCGCAAAGAGCAGUGA